CCACGCCCGCCGCCGGCAUGGAGGCAGCGGGGCGGCGCGGCCCUGCCGGGGGGCGCCCCGUCUGGGGGGUGCUGCACCCCCCGCUCCUCCUCCUCCUCCUUCUCUUGGCAGAAGAUUGUCUGGCUCAGUGUGAUAAUGACUGCAAAGCUUACUGCUGUGAUGGGACUACUCCCUACUGCUGUUCAUAUUAUGCCUACAUUGGGAAUGUCCUUUCAGGCACUGCGAUAGCUGGAAUCGUUUUCGGUAUUGUAUUUAUAAUGGGAGUGAUUGCUGGGAUUGCCAUCUGUAUCUGCAUGUGCAUGAAGAACAGCCGCGGGACUCGAGUAGGGGUCAUCCGAGCUACACACAUCAACACUAUCAGCACAUACCCAGUGGCUCCACCACCAUACAGUUAUGAAUAUGAAAUGGAGUACCCAGUUGACCUACCUCCUCCUUAUACUCCAACCCCACAGACUUCAAUACAGUAUCCCCCACCCCCUCCAUACCCUGGAUAUUCAGGGAAAUAACUACAUGGCUUCACAUGGAUAUAAACUGCCUGUUGAAACAUCCAGCACCAUUAGGACAAAUAUUACCAGCUCAGGGACAGAUAUGAUGGGGUCUGCAUCAACACAUAUGGCUAGAUGUUGAAAUAACCUGGGUGGGUCACCACGGCUCAGGAUGGAGAAGAAUACUGAUCACUCUGGACCUUCCAUGUCUCAUGAUGAAACAACGCGUAACCAAAGAAACAGUUCCUGCAAGUUAGUGCCUGAUGAGUGGUGCUUAGCAUCAGUGCUUAGCUUCAGCUGCGGCCCCUUGCAGCACACAGGAGUGGGGGCUUCCCAAGAAAGAACAUGCAAGUGCUACAGAUGGUUCAACAAGCUGUUUCAAAAGCACAAGAGGCAGCUGCUGGGGCUUAUUCUGGGGGAAUGUCCAACUGUUUUCAAGUAUGUGUUACGCCUUUCCUUAAAAUGAGGAGAAUAAGGAAGAACAAGGAAGACUGAAGCUAUUUUCAAUUUCUACUUCAGACUGAUAAUAUCCAGUGAUCAGCUGUGUGUAUUGGUCUGAUAAACACAUUACAGGGAGAAGUGCUGUCAGAGUUAUUCAGUAACCAAAAAUGACGGGUAUUAUUUUUUGGCCAAGUGCAGGUUUUUUAAGUGCCUACUUUUAAAUAGUGUGAGACUAGUUUGUGGUCUGAAAGGUAAAACAUAAAGAGCAUUUUUAUAUGUGAAACACUAAUUUAUAGCUGAUUUCUCUGUUCUUAAAAACUUUAUACAUUAGAAAUACUCUGCAAUGCCUUUUUAUCAGCAAAUGAUACUUUGAUUUUUUACUAUAUGAAGUACAGACCCUUAUUAAAAUGUUCCAUAUACUUACGGGGUUAACUGUAAUUCAGAGGCAGCUGUUUGACUUCAGAAGAGAGUAUCUUAUAACCUAAAGCAUCAUCCUUUAAUGGUAAGACUAACAUUUUUCUCAGUUUUAUAUGCAAACCACAAAGACAGGGGUUCUGUUUCAGGAUUUAAAAGUGCUGAACACCCUUAGCUUAAGUUGGGUGGCUGGGCAGUUUGAGAAUGCUACAGCCAAAACAGUGAAAGGUGAGUCCUAGAGUCCAGGACAGCUGUGGCAUGAGAUCCAUUUCAGAGGGAGAGACUGCAGGUUAUUACUGAUUCCCAAAGAUCAGAACGCAUUUAGAUGUUUUCCAGUGUAGCCCUCAUCUUCUCUUCAGGUGUAUCAGUGUAUUAAUGAAUAAGAAAGCAGCUUCCAAAAGGUGGUGCGCUAUCUCAGUGAAGUCAGCUGACAACCUAAGUCUGGUAUUUUUGGCAUUCAGUCCUGGUUCCAGGAAGCACUCAAGCAACUUUAUAACUUUGAACAUAGAAGUUAUUCAGAGGCUUUCUUGUAAACAAUACCUUAUUGAGUGUUCUUGCUCAGAUUUUGUAGUGGUAUUUGUCCUUUCCAGGCUGACUAACCUUAUCAUCUUGAAACCCCACUUGAAAGCACAAAUGGCCUUGGUCUUCACCAGUGUAAGUUCAGAAGAUCUGAUGUGACCCUUGGCUAAACUGAGCCUUGAGUCAGAGGCCCACUGGCUACCUAGGCAUUUGUAACCCAGUCAGUGAACUGAGCUGCAUCACAGGUUUUGGUAGCUGCUGGUUCCUUGAAGAAGACUCCAAGGAAGUAAUUUCUCUUUUGCUGCUCAGAUGUGACAAGUCCUAAACUAGGUUACCCUUACAUCUACUUCUGCUCUGCUGCUGUGGGCUAUGUCCUGUGACAUUUCAGCUGGUACCCUUGACCUCUCAAGAGAUGGAUGUUCCUCAGUUGAAAUCCUCCCAUGAAGGGCAACCUUCUGCAUGUGGUGUGCUUUGAGGCCCUACUGAAAACCAUCUGCUGGGGUAUUGAUGUGCCUGCCAACAUGGUGGCCAGCAUGAAGAACAGAAUAAGCAUAAUUUUCUCUGUGGGAAAUCCUGUUCCUACCAUAUCCCUCUGUGCUCAUACCUCAGCACUUUCCAGUUGAUCACACCAGAUGCUAUUUCUAUGCCAAAAUGUUACCUGUAGAUAAAGAGUAUUGUCAUUGUUCCCAUUCUUGUACUUCAUUUCUUUGUGCUGAACAUGCAGACACACAAAUCAAAGAGCAGUUUGUGUUUGAUGAAUCCAGUGUCCUGAAAAAUACAGAGAAAGAAAACUCCUAUAGAUCAUAAAUCUUCCCUUAGUGGAAAAAUUUUUCCAGCUGUGACAUUUGUCAGAACAAGUUAUGAAGCAGAUUUCUUAAA